AUGUGUCACAAAAACUCCGAGAGGAAGCGCACAUCUAAGGAGUGCAUGGUGAAUCAAGAGAAGCUUUUGACACUCACAGACAAAGCCACAACAGAUUGCGACACCCGUGUUGAGUACCGGGUGCUAAGGAAGAUGAUAAACACUGACGGCUCAAUAUUUGAAAACAGGCCUUCGACAUCUUGUCCUGCCGGCCCUAGAGGGAUUGAUUUAGGCAAAUGGAUCGGAAGGGAACCUGUAACUACAAAACGUCAUUUGCUGGUAAAGGCAAGACUAUCAAAUAGUGUUAACGUUUUCGUUUCCCCCUCAAUUUUGAUUCCUGCUUCGACUUUGAUCUUCGCGUUGCUAGAGGGCUCGGCCGUCUGUGGCGUAGUGCUCCUAGACUUCAUAAUGAAAGUUGUAGUCACGCAUGGGUCUCACGCAUGGCUCACGGAUGGUUCUCAUCAAUCAAUCCAGUUCCUCAUGCCCCUCUGGCAGGAGAAGAACGAGCGGCCACUCGGCUGUGAGCUGAACUCCAACGCUGACGUAUCUCAUUCUGAGACUGCAGAUUCUUCGUUGCGGAAUGGAAACCUGCAGCGGCCCGCACUCGGAUCCCAACAAGGAAAGCUCAGGAGUCCACAAUCUAGGGAGAGACAUAGGCUUAGAGGCCUUACCGCUUUUUCUUUCAAAAAUAUUACAGGUUUAUGCAUGCCUCAGCGUGUUUUUCGAGGCUUCUACUCUUUCCCACGGCAAUUCAGAUCUCAUCAUUCACGAUUCCGAGUAAAGACAAGCAUUUUGCCGAUAUACACAACUGGCCAUCCUUUGAAUAGAAUCAACCUUGGUAUCGAACGAAGUCAGUCGGUGAUGAAGAGAGAUAUGCAUAUUUGCUUCCAGGUUUUCACGAAAGACACGGAAAAACAGCUCGGUAGGAAUCUGGAAGAGGAGGGAAGUGACGGAGGAAAGAGAAGGAAGCGAUUAGAAAGCCAAAGAAGAAUUUGCGAGCGACUUCCAGCGCAGAAGGUGCGACCCACCGCACUGAAAAUACCUCCCGAGAUCUACUGCACUCGCGUCAUGGAUGCCCUAGCCUUAGAUAAACAAGGCUUCGGCAUAGCUAGCCCUUCGGAAGCGUAA